GAGAAAGAGAAGGAAAGACACACGCACGCGGGGAGAGAAAGUUUAAUUCUGCACUAACAGCUGUGUGGAGCUGCUGCGGUGUGUGUGUGUGUGUGUGUGUGUGUGUGUGUGUGUACGCGCGCGUGUGUGCGGAGGUUAUGUGUGUGUGAGAACUGGCUGAACACUGCAUGCAACUUUCUUUGCGUGGGAAGAACUAAACUUUUACUGCGAGUCCCACCGGAUCGUCCUGCACAUCUCGAGCUGGUCACAGCCACCGCUGAUCGUCUUUGCGACUCGGAAUCCUUGUAGGAAUCAUGGGUAGUAAAACACUUCCUGCUCCUGUACCUCUUCACCCAUCCCUCCAACUGGCCAAUUACUCCCUCCUUCAGACGUCCAAUGGCUUCCAUCUUCCUGCCGAACAAAUGCCGGGCAUCUACAGCUUCAGUGCUCUUCACGCCGUCCAUUUGCACCACUGGACGCUGGGAUAUCCUCCGUUUUUGCCCCGCUGCACCUUCUCCCGUUUCCCUCUUCCCUCCAUCCCGCUCCUCCCUCAGCUCAUGCAUCCAGCCAAACAGGAAGCGAAGAGCAAACCGCGCUUUGACUUCGCCAACUUGGCCGCCGCUGCAACUCAGGAAGAGCCUCUGAAGGCCGAGGACCUGAGCGUGUCCGUCGGAGGUGGAGGGCACACAAACGCGCCCUCCCUAGGCUGCCUACUCGACGUGGCCAAGCUGGCUUCGCCCGAGAGGAAGCCGAGCCGAGGGCGGCUGCCUUCCAAAACCAAGAAGGAGUUUGUGUGCAAAUUCUGUGGCCGACAUUUUACCAAGUCCUACAAUCUGUUGAUCCACGAGCGCACGCACACGGACGAGAGGCCGUACACCUGCGACAUCUGCCACAAGGCCUUCAGGAGGCAAGAUCAUCUCCGAGACCACCGGUACAUCCACUCCAAAGAGAAGCCGUUUAAAUGCCAGGAGUGUGGAAAAGGUUUCUGUCAGUCCAGGACUCUCGCCGUCCACAAAACAUUGCACAUGCAAGUCAAAGAGCUCAAACCCGCCAAGAUAAAGUGAGGUCACGCUGUAUUAGCCAAUGGGGACACUGGAAAGCCAAAGACCCGAGGACAGCAGCCAAUAGCAACAGCAAUGUGACCAAAGAGUGAAAGGUGCAAGACUCAUACUAAUAUGAUAUCAAAAUACAGACUUAUGGAGCCAAGAGCUCUUGCUGAAUCUGCAGUGGUUCUGAAUAUUAAACAGUGAGGUCAAGCUGAACCAGCCUGUGGGAUCGCAAGACAUCCAGAACCAUGAGGACUUCAUAACGAGAACCAAAAUAUGACCAAAGAGUGAAAGGUGCAAGACUCGAAUGAUACCAAAAAUAUAUGUGUGUGUGUGUGUGUGUGUAUGUGUCUAUGUAUUUGUGGAUUGCUGUGGAUUUAAAGUGAGAUCCAAGACAUCCACUGAUCAGGUGGCUAUAAAUCCAAAGAUCUACAGGACACCAGCCAGUAGAGAGCCAAGUGCAAAAAAACCCCGUGUUGAACAUAACCAAAAAAUGCAACAGGUGCAAAACUGCAGCUAAAACCACAUGAAAUGAUGGAUUUAAGAAUCUGAGAGUCGGAUGAAUCUGCAGGCGCGCAGCAGUCGAGCAGAAUGAGCUACGAGGACGUGGGAAGGAACCGAAGCACAAACCAAAGGGACUCCUUUAAACUGACCAAAGAGUGAAAGGUUCCAGAGCAAAAGCUAAAUCGAUCCGAUGCCCAAAUACGGAUUACUGGGUCUCUGAGGCUACGAAACAGACUGUAAUCGCUGCGGCACGAUGGAUCUAAGAAGCAUCGGACUCAGACUUUCAGAAGUAAUAAUCGUCUCGGAUUUACGGAUCUGGAGAACGUCGGACUUUGGGAUUUUGGUAGAGCCGAGAACGGAUGAAAUCCCGACUCGUGUGUAGACGGAACGUGACGUCAGACCUUCUGUUCUGUCUGAUGGCAGAUCCACCAGCGUGAUGUUCAUCCUUUCGGUUUGGUUGAUGAAGACCAAUUUCCAGCAGCCUCUGAGGCUCUGUGACAUACAGAACUAUAAUAAACCAGAAAAAGAAAAAAAA